CAAGAUGGCGGCGGCGGCGGGUCCGGCGGGAGCUGAGAGUCGCGUGUUGGGUUACAGCCUGCACCGCUGGAGCAGCUUCUCUUCCACGUAUCUGCCCGAGAAUAUCUUGGUGGAUAGGCCAAAUGAUCAAUCCUCAAGAUGGUCUUCAGAAAGCAAUUAUCCUCCCCAGUAUUUGAUUCUGAAGCUCGAAAGACCUGCCAUAGUCCAGAGCAUCACAUUUGGCAAAUAUGAGAAAACGCAUGUCUGCAAUUUAAAGAAGUUUAAAAUCUUUGGUGGGAUGAAUGAGGAGAAUAUGACAGAUCUCUUAUCCAGUGGCUUAAAGAAUGAUUAUAACAAAGAAACAUUCACCUUGAAGCAUAAAAUUGAUGAACAGAUGUUCCCCUGUCGAUUCAUUAAGAUAGUUCCACUCUUGUCCUGGGGACCUAGCUUCAAUUUUAGUAUCUGGUAUGUUGAACUAAAUGGCAUUGAUGAUCCAGAUGUGGUCCAGCCAUGCCUCAACUGGUACAGCAAGUACCGUGAACAGGAAGCCAUUCGCCUUUGCCUAAAGCAUUUUCGGCAGCACAACUACACCGAGGCUUUCGAGUCGCUGCAGAAGAAAACCAAGAUUGCUCUGGAGCACCCCAUGUUGACAGAGCUGCACGACAAACUGGUGUUGAAGGGGGACUUCGAUGCUUGUGAAGAACUGAUAGAAAAAGCUGUGAAUGAUGGCUUGUUCAAUCAGUAUAUCAGUCAGCAAGAGUACAAACCUCGCUGGGGGCAGAUUAUCCCCAAAAGCACCAAAGGUGAUGGGGAAGACAGUCGGCCAGGGAUGAGAGGUGGCCAUCAGAUGGUUAUAGAUGUGCAGACAGAAACUGUGUAUUUGUUUGGUGGCUGGGAUGGAACUCAGGAUCUGGCUGACUUCUGGGCAUACAGUGUGAAGGAGAACCAGUGGACCUGUAUAUCCAGGGAUACUGAGAAAGAGUGUGGUCCCAGUGCCAGGUCCUGUCACAAGAUGUGCAUUGACAUCCAGCGACGGCAGAUCUACACCCUGGGGCGAUACCUGGAUUCCUCUGUGAGGAACAGCAAGUCCCUGAAAAGUGACUUCUACCGCUAUGACAUCGACACCAACACCUGGAUGUUGCUGAGCGAGGACACUGCAGCAGAUGGAGGCCCCAAGCUGGUGUUUGAUCAUCAGAUGUGCAUGGAUUCUGAAAAACACAUGAUCUACACUUUUGGAGGCCGAAUUCUGACCUGCAAUGGCAGUGUGGAUGACAGCAGAGCCAGUGAGCCCCAGUUCAGUGGCUUGUUUGCUUUUGACUGCCAGUGCCAGACGUGGAAACUCCUGAGGGAGGAUUCCUGCAACGCCGGACCCGAGGAUAUCCAGUCCCGGAUAGGACACUGCAUGUUGUUCCAUUCUAAAAACCGCUGCUUAUACGUGUUUGGUGGCCAGAGAUCAAAGACUUAUUUGAAUGAUUUCUUCAGUUAUGAUGUGGACAGUGACCACGUGGACAUUAUCUCAGAUGGCACAAAGAAAGAUUCAGGGAUGGUUCCAAUGACAGGUUUCACUCAAAGGGCCACCAUCGAUCCCGAACUGAAUGAAAUCCACGUCUUGUCAGGGCUCAGUAAGGACAAGGAGAAGCGGGAAGAGAACGUAAGGAAUUCCUUCUGGAUUUAUGACAUUGUGAGGAACAGCUGGUCUUGUGUCUAUAAGAAUGACCAAGCAGCAAAAGAGAAUCCAGGUAAAAGCCUUCAGGAAGAGGAGCCCUGCCCAAGGUUUGCCCAUCAGCUGGUGUAUGAUGAGUUGCACAAGGUUCAUUACUUAUUUGGAGGGAAUCCUGGUAAAUCCUGCUCUCCAAAGAUGAGAUUAGAUGAUUUCUGGUCUCUGAAGCUCUGUCGACCUUCAAAGGAAUACCUGCUAAGACACUGCAAAUACCUCAUCAGAAAGCACAGGUUUGAAGAGAAAGCUCAGACUGACCCUCUUAGUGCACUGAAGUACCUACAGAAUGAUUUAUAUGUAACUGUGGAUCACUCGGAUCCUGAGGAAACAAAGGAGUUUCAACUUCUUGCCUCAGCAUUAUUUAAGUCUGGCUCGGAUUUCACGACUCUUGGAUUUUCAGAUGUUGACCACACAUAUGCUCAGAGAACUCAACUGUUUGACACAUUAGUCAACUUCUUCCCAGACAACAUGACCCCUCCUAAAGGCAACCUGGUGGACCUCAUCACACUGUAACGGAGCAGUCACUGGACACAUGGAAGAGGGGAAAAGCGUCCAUUUUCAGUAUUUUAAUUUUUUUACUGCAUUGAUUGACUGCUGGGAUGAAGUUAAUAGGUGUUUGAAAGGGGUUUUAUACUUGUAUGGUGAAUCCCUGGAGCUUUUCCCUUGGAGUAGGUUAAUAAAAUGUAACUGACAUACUUCUGACUAAAUAUAUAUAUUUUUUCUGACUUUGGAUUUUGAGUUAGCAAAUGUAAGAUGAAAAGGUGGGGAAAAUGAAAAAGAAAUAAAACCCAGUCAUGCAGUGAUCUUUUUGCCUAUGGGGGAAAAUUUGAUGAUUUGUGAGUUGUCUGGGAUUAAAGAUGAUGGGUUUUAUUUUGUGUUUCCUGAGGAGGAGGGGGAAAGAGGUUUUUCUUUCCUCGUUUGUAGCUAGUCAUGAUAUAUUGCUUUAUCUUACAACUCCAUCCUCAGCAGCUGCAUAACUUGGUGGCAGGACACUGGCACAUGUUGAGAUGAUGUAAUUUGUGUCCUGAGUCUUGUACUCACGGUGUGUUGCGGGAAGGCAAGAGUGUGUUCUGAACCGUCUGUCUCCCCUUCCCAGAGAUGUGCUGACUGUCAUGUCUAAUUGCUUCUGAGACUCCAUCUAAACUGACUACCUACAUCCCUAUCUCCUGUUCUCUGGAGCCUUCCACCUAAACCUUGCAGGCAAGAGGGAACCUCGGAGAUGCAGCUGGAAAAUGGGAGUGCGGUCACGGCCCGCACGGGCCCCUUUUCAGGGAUUGAUCUCUGCUGCUGUACUCAUCCACUGAGAAACCCUGUGGGUCCUCGGCGAGCCUGGCAGAACUGGGUCUUCCACCACACACACCCCUGCAACCUGACCUCGGGUUGGGUAUAGGAUUUUUGAAGCAGAUAGUCUUCAUUUCCAUGUGCUUCUGUCUUCAUUUCCAUGUGCUUCUGUGUGUGUUUGUCCAUGUGUAUGUGUACGGGGCAUUGCUCCCAACAGCUUGUCUCCUUCCCCUGUAGUGCAGCUCCCUUGUCAAUGCAUUUUAGACCUAGAUCUCAAUGUGAAGGAGGCCUUCUUAGCAUAAAUCUCUGAAAAUGAGCUGAUGCGUAUAUGUAUAGAAAAUGUAUUCUUCCUUUUGCUGAAAGCCUUCUUUAUAAACACUCUAAGGGCUUGGUGCUGCACUGUGAGAUGGAAUGAAGGACAUGCAUGCCCAGAGUUAGAAACUGGGCAUUCGCUGUCCGUGAGCAUUCAGUAUAUACUGGCAGAUGUAAAUAUUUAUAUGAAACUUCAAAACUUUCUGUCCAGCACUGUUCAUGCCAGUUGGGUAUCGUUGCUGCACCCGCUGUAGCUCCCGUUGAACUUGGUGGAAGUCCUGUGUGUGCAAAGAUGAUUUGGACUCUUGAAAUAAAGAGUUAGUCAAGUGUCUUUUUCAGAGCUUGAGUGUCUGCUUGCUUUGAUUGUAUUGCCUCUUUAUCAUGUUCUUUGUGUGACUUUUGUAGUCCUGGUGCAUUAGAAAUAUAUUUCAAAACCUCAGACUGGUUUUUAAUCACUUUAGAAAGGAACAGUAUGUCAGAGGCCAGGCUUGUCUUCAGGGAAGACUGUACAAAUGAAGUGUUUUUAACCUGUCACUUGAGACUGUUCAGACACUGUUCACUUCAGUGGAUGCAAAUCAGAUGUCUGAGGAAGAAUCCACUCAGUGUGGGAAAUGAAAUCUGAUGAAAUUGUUUUUUGGAAUGUGGCAGGUUUUUUUCCUAUUCGCAUGGAAAGUUUUACAAUCACUGCUGGGCUUUGUGGUGUGCUACCUGUACUUAGGCUUUGUUAACUAAUGUAGAGUUUAUACAGUAUAAAUGUAGAUACUGGGGGAAUAUUCCAGCUGAGCUGUUGCUUCCAUUGAGAUCGAAAUGAGCACUUUUGAUGCUACCAACCAAAAUUCUGCAACCUUUUAGUACUUAAAUUUAGUGCUGCUGUGCUCCUUUAUAACUUGAUCUCAUUGCUCAUGUAUCCUCAGCUUCAGUCAGAUGAUUAAAUACCCUUUGUGACGGUUCUCUAGUUAACCAGGCUCUUCAUAAGCCGUUGUGUGUCCACCUUGGAUGGCUAAUAGAGCCCAAAAUGUACACCUUGGUGGAGAAGCUCUGGCGAGCAGGCAGGGGAAGUUCAGGAACACUCAGAGCUGUGAAUGGUGUUGCUGGUGAGCAGUGCAUCGUGUCAGGUCUGAUUUGUGUGACAGGAAUUUGAUCCAAACUUAUUGUCCUCUGUGCCGGGGGUGCGUGUGGAGCCCGGCGGCCUCGGCUCUGUUUUUUGUAGCCUUGUGCAAAUCAAUGAUUUGUUUGAGCGAGGGGAACGUUGCUUCUGCAGCACUGACAGUCCCAGCUAACGAGGGCACUUCAGAAUGAUCCAAUAUUGACCUGCCUUUGUCCCGAGCGGAUCGAUGCUGCUCGCACCGGCACAGUUCAUGGAUUACAGCUGGUGAUUACCCAGCAGAAACUUCACUCAGCUCUGCAGUAUUUGUUGAGCAGCAGAGGCACCAUGUGGCCAGAGAGGUUAAUCCAUAGGGAAGGCUUCUUGUGGCUUUGCCAAGGGUCUUUCCUUCUUUUUGUCCUUAAGGCUAGGAGUCAAAUGUUCUCUUUGCAUUAGGGUAUGCUAAGUAACCUGUUUUAAAUUCUAACCAAAAAUUCUGAGCGGUGAAGUAUAAAUUUCCUUUUAAAAUCAGCUACUUGUUGUUAGGCAGUGACACAGGUAGUUUGAAUUUCAUUGCAUGCUGAUCUCUACAGACACUGGUAAUAUUCCAGGAAAGCAUCUGAUGUGCUCAUUACAGAAAGCCCGAAAUACAAACAGUGAAGAAACCCACUGGAUCUGAAACAGCCACCUGAAAACAUUUCACAGCCCAGUGCAUGCAAAGUUAUAAAUAUCUGAGCUGUGCGUGAGAAGUCUUUGAACCUCACCAUCAUUGCUUGUUGGCUGUGUCUGAGGCUGCUCUUUAGCUUAGAGGAGACAAACAUACUCUAUUUGCCUUUACUUCAGAUUAUAAGGUGACUUUGUGUUUGAACUUGACACCACGUAAUCUUUGCACUACAGUGAGUAAUUUUAUCUGUAAAUUCUGUGUUAACUUGUAAAUAAGAUACUGCAAAGGAAAGCAUCGUUCCUUGUCAGAGAGGGACUUAAAUCAUGUUUUGGGUCUUUAAAGCCAAAGUUACAAGGUUCUGGUAUGUCUUUAAAAGCUAGAGGAAGUUAGGGUGGGGUAAACUUGAUACAGACAUCCAGACUUCACUGUUAUUUUAGCUUUUUUAAAAAUAUCCUUUGAAAUCCCUGUGUUUGGUUCUUUACUGACUCUGACCCUUAUGGUACCCUUUAGUGCAUCAUCUCCUUGGAAAACAAGAAAUUAUUCUUUAUGUUGUUCCUGUCAAGUGAUACAUUUUCUUAGAGAAAUAAAGCCCUUCAGAUUUAAUUGUUUUGGCCACUUGGAUUAGGUAGAAUUAAGUGAGUUUGUUAAUGUUUGUCUUACACAACCUCUCAUAGUAGUCAUGAGGUAGAAGUUUUUUAAGAGUUCUCCCAAAAUGACAUCUCCAAGCAUGUUCUGCUCUUGCAGUGUGACCCAAAAUGUUGUCCUGUGGCAGAAGGACUUUGUUAUACAUUGUUAAAUUAGAUUAUAACCACUUUAGCCACCUUUUUGCCUCUUUUCGUUUGAGGAUCCCAUUAGUUAGUAUUGGUCCUGGGAAGGCCUGAAGGGUGAUGCAAAAUGUUCACUAAAAUUAAUUGUAGUUGUUAUCUUCUGGCUCUUUUAAAGACAUUUGUGAUGCGUUUAUUCUUAUAAUCUCUUCCUUUUGCCAAGCUUAAUGAGGAAGGUGAGCUUUGUCUUGGAAAAGUUCAGUUUGCCCUUUCCCUGGGUGGCAUCUUGCAUGGGUAGUUAAGGUAGUUGUACCUAGUUGUAUAAAUAAACCUCUGGAAUUUGGCUUUUGUUUGCCUGGGAUGAUUCUAGGUGUACAUAGGUGCAUGCUGGCUCAGGGAUCAGGCUGGAGCUUCCUACCAGAACUUCAGGUAGCAAAAUCUUAUUUUGGAAAAUCAGUCUGGGAACACCCAGUUGGAAAAGUUUUUCUAAGGCAUUGCCUUGCACAGUGGCAACUGGAGUGAAAUUAGAAAUUUUCCUAAAGAGCAUGGAAAAGCUUUCCUUUGUGGAGUGACAAAGUUAAAUUAAAUUGCUGAAACUUUUUUGGUCAUUGAUUAUAAUAACCCAACCUGAAAAUUGAAUGCUUUAAUGAUAACAGUUUAAAGACUGGGGAGUCAGUAAACAAAUUAACUGGACCUACCUACUUGCAAGAGGGUGGCAGAGGUGUGGGGCUGGUGGCCAGGGAUUUCUGCAGCUCAUCUGUGUGUUUCUUUAAUUGGCAGCCACAAGUGUCCAGGGCUCCAUGAGCUGUUCCUUCUUCCAGAAGAAACUCCUUCCAAAGCUGAGUAAUGAGUCUGGAAGAGUGUUUUCCAUAGGGCUUUGUGGAACAGCUGCUUGCUGAACCAUUUUCCUGAUGUGUGCAGAUUUUUCAAAGGGAGUUUUCUCUGUCUCAAAGUUCUGUGCUGACUUGACCCUGCUGUGCCAACCUGCCCUGGUGAGUGGUAGAUUCAGAGCAGAGUAAUGAGCAAUGCUUCAAACUUGUUUGCUGCUCUUAGUGUGAGAAAGACGAGCAUUAAUGCUGCUUCUGUCAAACGCAGGAGGGUGGUAGCUACCUGUAACACAAAUACCAUCAGCUCUCUUGUUGCCUCCUGUGUUUCAGAAUCAAGAAAUAAAUACUUUUGUAGAGCUUAUUAAGUGAACUUGUGUACAACCUCCAUCUCUGUACAGGCAGUAAUUCUGCUGAUGUAAUGCUGUGCCACUUCUGGGGGGAAAUGGCAAAAAUUAGUAGAUACGUUUCCAUUUGGUCCCUUUGUUUUUAAAAGUAGCAAAAUGUCUUGUGAAACCUUGAGUCCCGGUGUAUGCUUUGAAUUUUAGCUUAUUAGUUGGCUCAGAGUUAAAGAAUGUUUGGCUAUUGUCAAGUGAAGUCCUGACAGUAAAAGCAGUUCAUGUAUGUCUCUGGAAGUGCUUGUGUUGUUUUAUAGCUGUACUUGUUACAGAAACAGAGGUAGACCCAGUUGAAAUAUUAAAAUUAUUGGUGUUUUGAUUUAGGGGGAAAAUUAUAGAAACUCUGAGCUUGGCCUAUUUUAAUAAGUGCAUGUGUUAAUUUGGAGAUGGGUCUUAUUUUGUGAGAGGAGAGCUUAAGAACAACUAUAUGACUUGUUCUUACUAUAGAUUGCUAGUAAUAUAUAAGCUGUAAAUACUGUUGAAAUGUAAAUGUGCUGUCAGAAGCUUGUUAGUGUAUCUAAAUGCCUGUGGGAAUGGGAGACCCAAUUGUAUCCUAUCAUGGAAAAGGUUAUACUGGAGAUUAUUCAAGUUGUGGCUUAUAGGCAAAAUCCCUCUUUUACUGAAAACAUUUAGUAUAAUGAAAAGUUAGAGUGGAGAAAGUAGGUUAACUGUACUGGAAGCAGGAUAAGAGUCCAUGGCUCAAUGGUUGGAUAAAUUGACUCCAGAUGCUUUUGUCUGUAGGCAAUGGAUCCAAACAUGGUUUUGGAGUGGAAACCCGUUAAUGACCUGCUUAUUGCUGCUGGAGAGUCCUACAGGAGAGCCUCACAUGGGUGCCAGCAGGUAUCCCUUCAGCAUUCCUGGCAGAGGCCACAGAGCUGGCUGCAGUUUGGGAUUAUCCACGUGGCCUUUGGUUGUAUCUGGAAACUGAGGAGGAGGAUGCGUGGGUUGUGUGUAAUUGCAGCUGUGUGGCUGAGGUGUGGAGCUCUGCAGGGCAGCACCUUCCCCAAGCACAGAUCCUGAGGAUAACACAUUGCUGCUGUCUGCUUUGCCUUCAUGGAUUCGGUUUGAUGGGGUGAACUCCAGAUAUUGCCGUGAUCCAAAUUCAGUGCUCUGCUUCCAAUGGAGCUUCUGUCAGUGCAUCACCUCAGUACCCUGAAAUCUCAAUUUAUGCUUGGUGCAGACACAGCUCCACGUUGCCUUGGCUUCCAGCUGUUUGCUGUAAGUCAGCACAGCUUUUACUGAUGACCUGGAGACUGUGAAUGCUGUUAGAACUCAAUCUACUAUUCAGCUCCAGCAGUCCAGUGGAAUCACAGUUCAUUCCUGGAAACAGGAAUGUGAGUGAACAGCUCAAAACUGGUUCUAUCAGGCUAGAUUUCUGGGUUUGCUACUAAUUUGGAAGGAAAGUCUUACCACUAGGAGGUGUGAUGAUUGAAGCAUGACCCCUUGGUUGUUCCCCCAUUUAUUCUGAAUUUUCUUUCCCUGUGUGGCAGAUCAUUGCUAUUAAAAUGCUUCAGACUUCUCUGAGUUUAAUGGGUACCUAUGGAGGAAUUAAAGGUUAGAGCUGCGUAGUGGUUAUUGAGGCAUCAGUUUUCCCACGUCAUACUCCAGUUGCUUCCUUUGCAAAACUCCUUCCUGCUGCCUCUGAAAGAGUCAGGAAGCAUCCUUGUGAUUUACACUGUUCUUUCCAGGGCUGUUUCCCAUCCUGGUUAAGGAUAGAGAAGUGUGGGAGAUCAUUUCCCACUGCAGCACCCCAUUAUUCACUUGUCCCUUCCAUGGCCUCACAUUCAGUGCUGUGAUAUUCCUUCCCUCCCAUCCCAGGGUUUAUUUUGUGUUGCUCCAAGAAGAAAAAGGUGAUGGUACCAACCAUCAAGUUGUCUUAUGUUCCUGCACCUGCUCUAAUCAUCCCAAAACUUUUCACGGGUAUUGGGGUGUUUGGUUUAUUUCUGCAGCAUAAGGCAGAGGGAAUGAGAAGAGAAAUAGUCUUGGGGUUAACACAGGGAUGCUGAUGUGAGUAGACCUGUAAGGUGUGUGUUUUUGUGGAAGGGCUUUGAAGAACCCUCCUAACAGUAGCUUUGCUGUUCAGAGCUGAUUUUGCAAUGUGAGCUGGAUUCUCUAUCUCUUUUUCAGAGAGAAGUGAUGCAAUAUCAGGAUCUUCUAGUCCUGGAGCUUCACCUUAAGCUUCAUCCCCUUUCCACCCCAGACACCAGAAAGAGUAAUGCAAAUUCUAUUCUCUCCACAGCAAUUGUGAGGAACCCAAUUGGGCUUAACCCUUCUCAAACAGACUGGAGGUGGUGCAGCACCAUUGGCUUUUGGAUCAAGUCUGGCUGCCUUAAGGGCUUGUUAAAACCCAAAAACAUUCUGAGCUUUCUCAUGAAAGCUGCCAGUUUGAGGAAAGGAGAUUAGGUGCUUUCUAAUUAAUAUGAUGGUGGGCAGGCUAGACCACAACAGUGGUUUCAGUGGUUGCAGUCAUCUCCACAUCCCAAAUAGCAAUGGAUAGGUUUUACUCCCCAGUGAUAGGAAAAUAUACUUUAAAUAUCCUGACUUAGUAACCAAGGGAUUCAGUCAAUUACUCAGUGUUUCACUAAAUAGAGAAGUGUGGCUGCAAUGUGUAAACAGAGUCUGUUCAUUAAAAAGGUCACUUUGAGGCUAAAAAGUAUUUUGUUUCUGUUUGGUUUUUUUCUUUUUUUUCUUUUUUUUUCUUUUUUUUUUUUUUUUUGGUUGUUUUUUUGAGAUUUUGUCAAAAACUCAGCUCUUAAAAGGGGAAAAUGGAGAACUACUGUGCUGCUGACUUGUUUUCCCCUCCUUUUUGCUGUGGUCAUCAGGAAUGCAAACUAGCAGUGGAGGGUGAAUAUUGCCUUCACCUCUCCCUUGUCAUUCCUGUUCCUCCCGUUGAUGUUUUGAUGUGCAAAACACUCUUCACUUCAGAAGCUGCUGCGCAGGGGUAGUGGAAAGGAAAAUAAACCCCUCAUUAUUAGUAGCUAUUGCCAUUUGCUAAAGCUGUAUUUUCUGCUGUGUCUUCCAGCACUCCCUCCUCCACAGCAGGAAAUGAGGGGGUGCUGGGGACACCAUAAGCCAGAAAAAAGAGCUUAAUUAUACAAACAAAUGUGUUCAUGGGAGCCUUGUGAAUUGGAGGCCCUGAACCAUGCAGACCACUUUGCUGAGGGACAGAAAUUGAAAGUCUGUGGGCUCGUUCCCAGUUAAUUGGAGGUGACAUUACUGUCUUUGUGGGCUGGUGGUGUUGUACAUGUUGUGCAUUCAGAUGCUGAGGUGCAGCAUGUCUCGUUUUGGGAGUAUUGAGCCUUGUUAGAUGUUUGCCCUUUGAAACUGCUGCAGUUGCCCCUCUUAGGGGAGUUGGUGGCAUAGACAGGACCUGGGUGGCUUGGGGUCAAACACCAGUGAGCUGGCUGGGCGCAUCACCUGAUUGGGGUUUUGACCUCUUUGUUGAACUGUUGCCUCUGCUCUGAUGGUAUCACUGUAGUGUGUGAUGGUUUGUUUGUCUGGACCUUCAGUGUUCAUUAUCUUGUCCUCUACACCCCCGUGUGGUCCCCAAAAGCUCUCCCUCUCUAGAGCUGGAAGUGUGAGUGUCCAGCCCCUGUCCACAGUUUGGCCUCUCUUUUGGCACCCAGCUUGAAGUGUUUGCAGCUCCCCAGCAAUCCUGCAGGCUCUGGUGUCCGUCUGGAUUCCCUUUGGUGUCUGUCCUGCAGUUGAUGUCUGGGACACCUGAGCAUAGGAGAGCUGAGCUGAGAGGUGUGGACAGCCCUGGGCUGGAAAGAAGCAUCCGUGGGGUGAUGAAAGCUGUGAACUGCUCAUGUGUUUUAAUAGGCAGGUCAAAUAUUGACUGAGCCCAUGGUGGUUACAGGCAUCUUCCCUGGACUCUGGUGAUUCCCCUUCCCAUCCUAUUCUUUAUGGAUGAUCUUUGUUCAGCCUGGAGUGUUAAUUUUCUUCCUUGGCAUAAAUCAUCUUUGAUGAUUUCUGGGUUGGUGUGUGAGCCCCAUGCUGUACAUAAAUGAAUGAGUGACACAAGGAAUAUCUACAAAUGUAGUUAUGUUGUAUGUAAUGUACAUAAGGAGAGAAUGUAUUUUGUUCAUUUUUUUCUUAAUAAAAAUGUAUAUGCUAGCAA